CCUGAUCGACGCAGCAAAACGAACUGCGGAACACACCGCGGGAGGCCAAGGACGAGAUUAAUCGAGGAAGAAAACAAAAUGAGGAUUGGAGGAGGAAUGGUGUAUGGAGCUCCACGCGCCACUUCUCUGCUCCUUGGCUACGGCCUCAGCCGCCGGCCGACGCUACGCUGCUUCUCCGCCGCCGCUUCUCCUUCUCCUACUCCAUCGCUUCUAUUUCCCGACCAUACGGAAUUCAUCAGAGAUGUAGCAGCGAUUCAGCCUCCCAAGCAUUUGCCCCACUUAAUGAGAAUGCUCCGCACCAGAGGAGAUUCUAUUGUUUCACCUGGAGACAAGCAAGGGUUAAUCCCGCUAGCUAUUCCACUUGCGAAAACUAGCUCAGCUUCUGACUGGGAGUUUGAUUUAAUGUUAAGGAUAGAUGAUUUAAUUGCAUUGCUGAGAUGGCCAACUGCGCCGCCUGGGAUGGAAAUGCCGGUAGUAGAGGUUCGAAAAUAUGGAGUUUGGCUUCUGGCAAAGACGGUUGAUCAGUUCAUCCACAGAAUCUUGGUAGAGGAGGAUGCCAAUUUGCUUUACAAAGGCAAUGAUGAGAUAUUUGAUGCUGCAGCGGAUGCAGGGGAGAAUAUAUAUACCAAGGGUGACUUUGCUAAAUCUCAGAUUUCCGAUCUAGAUGUUUAUCUGUUAAAGAAGGUUGGCUUGUUUCCUGAUGUCCUGGAGCGCAAAGUGAUGCGCCAUUUCGAGAAAGGGGACCAGGUUUCUGCUUUGGUUACUGGGGAAUACUAUACAAGGAAAGAGCACUUUCCUGGAUUCGCAAGGCCCUUUGUAUUCAAUUCCAAGAUAUUGCUCAAGGUUGGGCGUACGCUAGAAGCUAAAGAUGCAGCCAGGGGGGCUUUGAAGUCACCAUGGUGGACUCUUGGUUGCCCUUAUAAGGAAGUCGCUGAGAUAGCAGAAUGGGAAGAUGAGCAGAUUGAGUACAUGCAAGAAAGAGUAACAGAAGAUGGAAGGCAACAAGACCUUAACAAGGGGAAAGAUCCUGCUCAGAUUGUCCUGGACGAGGCAGCGUUCUUACUGGACUUGGCUUCCAUUGAUGGUAGUUGGGACGAUUACUUGGACCGGAUUGUCGGCUGUUAUAAGGAGGCUGGUCUUCUUGAUGUUGCCAGAUUCUUGGAGUACAGAGACUGAGGGUCGAGUGUCAAAAGAGAAAUUUUCUUCUCUCUUCAUGUUAAGAUUACACACUGCGAACUCUUUUUCGUUUUCGAUAAUACACAAUGCAGAGUUCAAUUACAACUGGAUAUGUUCCCUUCUGCAAGGUCUUUGGAAACUACUUUCCGGGCAGCUUUUCCUUAUUUUCUCACAUUCAGACGCGCCAAUACAAGAAAAGGACCCAACAAGCUGGGCUUCAAUGUUCGUAUAUCUACAGAAGCAAUGCACAAAGCUCAGGUGAAACAAGCCAAAGAAGAAAAUAAAGGCAACUCCAUCUCUCCAAGGGGUAGAGAAAUCACUUGGGGAAUGCAAUGGGUGGUUUCUGCCCAGCGGCAGAUUUUUUCUUCUUCCUUAGCAACUUCCUCCACAGCCCUCCGAUUCCAUGUUUCCGGCUAGGCACAAUGGCCAGGCUGUUAACUGUGACACCAUCAUCGUCGUUAUGGUGCUUGCUUUUGUUUAAAUUGAGGAUCUUUUCUAAGGGUUCGGCUGCUGCAUUAGCUGUGGCUUUAACACUGUCCUCUGCUAGCAUCCGGUCUAAGAGUGACGACCUCUGAUUCGUCAACGUUGCCCUGGGUGUGGCACCAGUGGCAGUGUCGGGGGUUGUAUUUACUUCGUCUGGCUUAGAGACGACCUUGUCGAUUAUAGCAGCGUCGUUUGGUGAAGCUAAUGCCUUCAGCUGCUUCCCCAGAUUCAGGAUGGUCUCUUGGCACUCUGCCAAAUUUUCUGAAGCUGCUGCUAUCUCCCAAUUAGUUCGAAGCUGAUCUUCAGGAUGGACUUCAGUUUUAGGGGUCGUGUUCUCUGUCACACUUUCAAGUUGGAGUUGCAAGUCAACACAAGUGGCCUCCAAAUCCUCGCAGCAGCUAUUUCUGUUAUCCAGUUCCACUUCCAAGGAAGAAAGCUUUCGGCGAGCCUCACUUAGUUCUGCCUUGGCCAUCACUAGUUGAGUAUCAAGAUCUUCUUUCACCACCCUAUGAGCCUCAAUUUGAUUCUCAAUAGAUCCCCUCGAUCCUCCCACAUUAUCCAGCUCCGAUUGCAAGCUUGCACUGGUUUUCUCUGAUUCCUGAACUUGAAGCGUCAAAGAUUCACUCUUCUCAGUCGCUGACUUCAGUCUUUCUUCCAAGGCCUCCUUGGCAGAUAUCAUAUCAGCCAAGCCUGAGUUGAACUUCUUGCCUUCAUCCUUCUCAUUGCUGAUAAUGCCAACCUCUCCGUGAUCACCUUCGCUUUUCGAAUCCCAAUCAAGAUGCUUUUUUAUUGCUUCCUUCAUGCUCGACACAUCUUGAAGUGAGAAGCAAUGGUUUAUAAUCCAGUCGAGAGCAGACGUUAAUUCCUGAGCAAACUUGCUCACAUUACAUUUGUUGCUCAACAGAUCAUAGCAUACAUGAAUAAAUUGCUGCAAUACAGCACUCAGCUCAGAGGUUUUCCACUGGAAAACACGGACCGUGUAACCCAUUGUCAUAUCUGUAGACUUAUAAGGAAAAGAACUAGAAUCCUUGCUUGACACGGACUCGGAGUUAUUGGUGCAGCCUGGAUUCUGUCUAGCAAUACCUUCUACCAGCUCUAAUAUCUUUGACACAGAUUUUCCAAGAUCAGAAUGAGGGACAUCAAUGUCAUUUGCUGCACCAUUAAAGUCAGUGGUAUCAGUUUUAUCUUUGGAUUUCCAUAAGAGAUAUCCACUAAUGGGAGUGGAAGAGUUCACUGGAGUACCAUCAGCAUCUUUAGUGGGACUUAUAGUCUCUACAUUUGCCAAAGCUACUCUUAUCUCCUCCAGAAUUUCAUCAGGCUUUCUCUUUGUGACUCGGUUUUGCUCCCGCACCAGUUUAAGAAUUUCCUGAAGCCAAUCAGGAGCUUUCGCACUUGUAGUAUCACUGGAUUGCCUUAAACCAGAAUCCAAUACUGGAACAAUCUCCAUUCCAGUUACCCUUUCGAUAAGAUCGGGUUUGAAGGGGCUAAUCACUGCACUGCUAUUGCUAGAAGAAAGUUGAGGACUUCCAGACUGCUGCUUAUCCACUGAGACGAUUGCAAGUCUUUCCAUUUCAGCAAAAUCAUCCAUCAGAUCCAUGUCCGGAGCACCAAUACUUUUUCUGGACAAUGAGCCCUUCUUUUUACCAUGUUUGGAGUGUUCCGGUUCUGAAGUCAAGGCACAAGGCCAAGAUUCAGCAGAGCUAACCUUAUCAUCACUACCAGCUUCAGACACCGAGCUUAGUGAGAUAUCAUGGGGCACAAGGCCCAGCUUUGAGAGCUCCAACGAUGUUCGCCACUUGGGCGAUUCAUAAAUGCGCGAGUCAACCGGUGGUGAUAAUCUGGAAGCUGCACGAGCAAACAUAGCUCUAGAAGAUUGCAGCUCGCUCUCCUUUUUACCGAGUGCUUCGACGAGAGCCUUGUUCUGUUCUUCCACAGCACUCAACUGCUCAGUCAAAUUGUUAAUGGCUUUGGUGGCAGACCUUUCAUCAGCAUAAUCAUCCAUUAUCAAACCAGAACCAGUAACUGACCUUCUCCUCCUCGAUUCAACUGAAUCCCUCCCCAGGAUUUCCGCCUCGCUCCUCAUUUUCGCCAUGGAAGCCGGGCCCGGCAGUCUCUUCCGGACAAGGAGGCGCAGCCUCUGGCACUCCGCUUCCAACUUUGCAAUCUUCUUCACGCUCUCCAGAUGUUGCUUGUGCGACGCAUCCGCCGUCCUUCUGCUGAAUUCCCUCUCCUCAUUCCGAAUCUCCAGCUCCUUCUCCAAAACCCUAACCUCAUACUUGAGAGAACCGUUGUCCUUCUCCGUGAACUCCAAGCUGACGCUUAGAUCUUUCAAGUCGGAUUCCAGCUGAGCCUUCUGCUUAUUCAGCUCUUCGAUCGUCUUCUCCUUCGCCAAUAGAGCUUUGCUUAGCUGAGUAUUCUCGACCCCGAGCUUAGCUAGCCUUUUACCCGUCUCGGCCAGUUUUUCUUCGAGGAUCAUUCGAGACUCGUCAAACUCCAUGGAUGCUUUGGUCACCGCAUCGUGAAUCCUCCUCUCCUGCUCCUCUCUCACAAAGCGGAGCUGUUGCAUACAUUCCUUUAGAGCGGCAUCCAACUGCGCUGAUCUCUCCUCUCCAGCUGCUCUCUCCUGUAAAGCCUCGUCCAGUUCUUGCUUCAGAGACUUUCCUCUUGCUUCUGCCCUCUCCCGGCCUUGCACAAUACACAAAAACAGUAGAGAGAUUAGAGAAGCUCCGUGAACUGUACUAAAACAGGGGAAGAGAGAGAGAGAGAGAGAGAGAGAAAUCACCUUCCAUGGCUUCGUUUGCUGUUUUGGCAUGAUCUGUGGCAAGACUAUGUUUAGCAUUGGAGUCCAAGAGAGCGGAAUCGAGCUUCUCGUUCAAAAUUCUGAUGUUGUACUCCAACUCCUCCUUUUCCGUCAAAAGGUUCUGUACCUCAUCGUCGUCCGGUCUGAGAGGGAGGCCCGACUUUUCAGCAGCAGCAGCGCUCGGUUUCUCGCCGGAUUUCUUCCGCCACAACCAGCCUUUGCUUUGACUCUCCAUGGCCCCGCAAGUUGUGCUUCUCACGCACGCCGCAUCUGCCGCAAUAGAAACAAACAAACAAAAAAGCAAAGCAGUAAGAACGCAAGAAAAUGACACAGCAAGAACGAACGAACAAACAAACAGGGGAAGGGAAAAAGCAAGCUCCGGUGGCGAGGCGGGAUUCGGUUCCGGCCGGGGAACUCCGGUGAAGCGAAUCAGGUAAUGCAUGAAGUUGCGUUGAUCACCUGAGAGAGCGAGGAGGUAGAGCGGCGUAACAUGCGGAAUGGAAGGGAGCUGGGGGGAGUGAGAGAGGGAAGAGACGAAUGCGGAAUGGUGCCGGUAGAGUCCUGCCGACAAAUUAAAGGCGCGGGAACCAGGGGAAGUGAGAGAGAGAGAGAGAGAAGGGACGAUUAAAAACACAGCUAAGAGAGUGAUGGAGUGAGUGUCAGUGGCUGGAGAGUAAACGGGGAAAGGAAGAAAAAAAAAAAAGAAAUGGAAACUGUGGAGAAAGGGGAAAGGGUGGAGGUGGAAGGGAAGGCGGAUUUUGUGUGGGGGAAGGAGGAGGACUACGGAGGCGGGCAGUGAAUACAAUAGUGAUGAAGCAAGCUGAGUACUAUUGACAGAAAGAGGAGAUGUGGGGCCGGUCGGGUGAAUUUUUUUUUUUUUUAGUUUUCCAACUGUGGUUGAUUGUCAAACGCG